CAUAGUCUCACAAACACUGCUCAUCAUUAUUUACCCAACGAUCAGACUAUUCAGUAAAAAAAUCAAACACCUUUGUUUAAGCUAUGGCUCCCGUCGCCGUUGCGGAUACUCUACCGGAAGGAACACUUGCUCACUUCGACGAGCAAGAUCAGCUCCAACAAGUAUCCGUUCACUCCCUCGCUGCUGGUAAAAAGGUUGUGAUCGUCGGUGUUCCAGGUGCAUUUACCCCUACUUGCAGCUUGAAGCAUAUUCCAGGCUUUAUCGAGAAAGCGGAGGUGCUAAAAUCGAAUGGAGUCGGAGAAAUUCUAUGCAUUAGUGUUAACGACCCUUUUGUAAUGAAAGCAUGGGCCAAAACUUAUCCUGAGAACAAGCACGUCAAAUUCCUGGCUGAUGGCUGUGCAACAUAUACACACGCCCUUGGCCUUGAGUUGGACUUGAAAGACAUAGGACUUGGCACUCGAUCUAGGAGGUUUGCUCUCUUGGUUGAUAAUCUCAAGGUGAAGGCUGCAAAUCUUGAAGAAGGUGGAGAGUUCAGCAUUUCCAGUGUUGAUGAAAUCCUUAAGGCACUUUAAGUUCCCCUAGUGGUAGUUCUCUUCAAUUUAUUCAUGGAUGCUAGUUUUUGAAUCCUGGUUGUACUGGGUAAGGAGUCAUGUUUAUUUUGUUAUGGUUCAGGUAUUUGUUUGAAGUAGUAUUGAUGAUUAAGGAAAUAAAUAACUAG